UUCAUUUGGAGUUGUAUGCUUUGCAUUGAGGGACAUAAGCAAGGGGGAGUUGAGAAAGGUUGUAACUACAUCUAAGUGCUCGGGUUCGGGAUUUAUGUUUGGGUGGGGAGUAAACGUUUCCGAAAGGUGGCCUCCAAAAAAGACAGCUUUUUCUUUAUCAGAGAUCACUAAUUGGCCAUUUGGUCCGUACAGAGGGGUAGAUUGUUCCUUGAUUUUGAGAAUGUCUUUUGUGGUUCUUCAUAAGGAGCCGUCUUCAGUGUUAAGUGAUUGA